GGCCCUUCUAAGCCGUAAGUGGAAAGCACAGCGCCCGGGUGGUUGUCACGAAGACGCUAGACCGCCGAGGCAGCGCGGACCAGAUGCCUUGAACAGUUGAUAUCGCCGUUUGCUACAUCACAAAGUUUGCGCUCUCGACGGCCGCAGCGUGGAAUGUGUCACCUCAAUGGACAGCGAAACGGACACAUUUUCGAUGGAUCAUCGUGCAUCUGUGAAAGGGGCCGGACAUUGGUGCCACUUUUCGUGGCGUGCUGGGAUAUGUAAAGAUGGCCGGCCGCCGCAUGACUUUUGAGUGCAAUCGUUGAUGUCUGAGACUCGCACCCAGACUCUUUUCUUCUUAAUUCCUGCAACUGCGUUUCUUUCCUUUUUUCCCAUCAAAGUCAAAUUCUCAUUGAACAACAUAUCGUGCAAGCGCCAGAGAUGCCUUUCAAGCAACAUGGCCGUCAGUACGACUUGGUUGUUUUUGGUGCUACCGGCUACACCGGGACGUUCGUGGCAGAGCACAUUACAACCCAUCUACCGACCAAUUUGAAAUGGGCGGUUGCAGGUCGAUCGGAGACGAAGCUCCAAGAUCUUGUUCAUGAGUGCAAGAAGCAGAGUCCCGACAGGUUGCAGCCCGAAAUUGAAAUCUGCAGUCUCAACCACGAGGACCUCGUGGCUCUCGCCAAAAAGACAUUUAUUCUUAUCACAACCGUCGGCCCCUAUGCAAAGUAUGGCGAGUUUGCCUUCCGAGCCUGCGCCGAGAAUGGCACGCAUUACCUCGAUGUCACCGGCGAGACCCCUUGGACCGGCACAAUGAUUGGAAAACACGAGGGUGCGGCAAAGGAAACAGGCGCCAUGAUGUUUCCCCAGAUUGGAAUCGAAUCGGCACCGCCAGACCUCGUCACCUGGUCGUUGGCCAAGCAGGUCCGCGAGAAGCUCUCGGCCAAGACAGGCGCCGUGACGGUAUCCAUCCACAAGCUGGAUUCGGCUCCGUCUGGCGGUACCCUGGCGACGGUCCUCAACUUGUUUGAGUCAUUCACGAUCCAGCAAGUAAGAGAGCAGCACAAACCAUAUGCUCUUUCGCCCGUGCCGAACAACAACAAGGUUCAGUCGCAGACGUCCCUGCUGACCAAGUUGGUGGGAUUGCGAAACGUUCCCAGCCUGGGACUGAUGACUACGUCGAUUGCUGGGAUGACGGAUACGCCCAUCAUCCAAAGAACCUGGGGUCUCUUGGCAUCGGUGCCUUCGCGUGAGAAACAAUUCUACGGACCAAACUUUUCGUUCCACGAGUACAUGAGAGCAAGGGGUUACCUUCAAGGAAUGGCUAUUCACUGGGGUCUUGCCUUCUUCGGCCUCCUGCUUGCGACUGCUGCGCCGUUCCGCAAGUUGGUGAAGAGAUUUGUUUACGAACCUGGCCAGGGCCCGGACAAGGAGCUAUCAAAGAAGGAUAAGAUCGAGUAUCGUGGUAUUGCCAGCCCGGAUAAGGAGUCCAAGACGGAGUUUCCCAAGGCUUACUGUCGUGCCUGGUACGACGGCAGCAUGUACUACUUGACGGCUGUUCUGUUGGCCCAAGCUGCAUCAACGCUGCUGGAGGAAGACGUCGACCUGCCUGGCGGUGUCUUUACUCCGUCGUGCUUAGGACAGCCGUUCAUUGAUCGUUUGCAGGGAGUUGGCUUCAACUUUGAGGAGAAGAUUUUGGAGCACUGACUGACGAGAUGUGGUGUUGGUUCUCAACUGUGUUGUCCACCGAUGAUGAUUUGAGUCGAGGUGGGGUUCGCUUCAAUGUAGACUAACUGUUCAAACGCAUGCUGUAAUUAUCGAAACAUUAUACUCAAUUAUGAAAAGAACGGGUUCAUGUGUGUGACGAUCGUUGCCGCGUAAAGUAUUUGCCCGCGAAACAAGCUGACAACAGGAUGUAACGUCGAUUGUCGAUGAUAGCCAGGGGAGCUUACAACAGCUACCCAGAAGCUACCGUGGCUACCCAAGCAGCCAAGGUAAGCAGAUAGGCCAGGGGUUUAGGUUCGCCUUCUACUCCAAUCGACGGUACUCCGUACUUGCAGCACGAUGCUUCCAGUUGGCACCGGAGAUGCAUCCUAAAUUCCCGCUGUGGAGAUGUCGCCGGCGUGCUGGACCGACC